AUGGUCUUUUCAGAGAAUCAAGUCAACAGACGUAGCGAGGUCAUGGUCAUCUCAUCAAAUACAGGUCCACCGCGGCUCGACCUCGCACUCGCCCGGGGUCGCCGCGGCACGUUCGACAGCUUCGACAGCGGCAGCGAACGUGGAUUCCACCCUCGCAUGGCGCGGUCGUCCAACGACCUCUUCACACAAGCUCUCAGCAGAAUCGAUACCGCAGAUUGCGACUCAGAAUGGGGCGCAGUGCGCGCGAGCGCCAGGGAGAACUGCGACAGAGGGGGCAUGGCGGAUCUCAUCGACUUCCUCCGGACCACGUCGCCGCCGCCAGAGUUUCCCGCCCAGUCCCUCUUUGACGAUGACACCACCACCACCGCCACCACCACCGCCGCCGCCGAACCCCAGGAGCAGCCGGAGAAAUGGGGACUGUUCAAGAAGCUGCGCCGGCCGCGCACGCGAGCUAGGUCAGAGUCGCCCAUCCGCCGACCCCGGACCGCAGGACUCCCCAACUCUGCCGUCGCGUCAAAGACGAGCAGCGGCAACUCGCAUAUCGCAAUUUCCAUUCCGCUGGAGUACUGCCACGUAGGACCGGACUCUGACUGGGCCCUCGCAAUCUUCAAUGCCACGCCACCACUACACCCGACUCCACCCGUCAGAAACAGGGAAGAGGAGACCAGGAAUGGUGUCAGACCUUAUGCCAGUGAACGAACCGUUACUGUGCUCAAGACCGUCAGUGAGAAGGGAUCCAUGUCACCGCUCAACACGAUGAGCACGAAAAGGGGGCGCAAGGGCUCUGUGUCGAUAUGGCCCAAAAUCAACCCCAACCCCAACCCCAUGAGCCCGCCAAGAACGCCUUACACCACACCGCCGGGCAGCUUGAGUGGGCGGUCUUCGAUGUCGAAGACGAGACGCGACCGGCUGCCUCCGCCUCCGCCCCAGUACGCCGAGCUCCCAGCCGAGCCGGUUCAUGCAGCCAAAAGCUCUUAUGGGAGCCUCGACAAGGAGUGCGGUUUCGCCAGGGACAAGGGCUCCAUCGCCCAAAAUCCGAACACCCGGAGACCCAGAGCAAGAACAACACCAAGGCGGCCCGAGAAUAUCGUGCUGCCGCCCAGGAGGUCAAGCAUCAAGAUCGUGAGACCGCAAGCGGACGCUGGCCUGGACAACCAGAGAUCUAUUGAUGGCAUCCUUGGUGGCGGCGGUUCCCAGCGCCAGAGUGUAUCUGACGGUCCUCAGCUGAGCCCUGGAGCCUUUUCCGAGGCGCACUCCAUCAGUCCAAGCAUUGCAACGACAGACUUCUCGGAGCCAGUCAUAUCGAGCGCAAGGUCUGCAAAGGCCUAUUCGAUGGCAUCUAUAAAGCAAGCUGACAUGCCGGUCCUACCCUCUCGGCAGUCUUUCCCUGUUCGGCCGGGGAGCAGCGACACGACGCAGACCACUCUGGUUGGCGAGUCCCUGGCCUCUCGAAACCCCUCUACAAGAACUGCUGCUUCCAGGCAGAGUCGUAAGGAGCGUGUCAAGUCUCUCAAGCAGAGAGAUAUGGAUGCGCUCCGAGCCCUCACGAGAGAAGGUCUGCAAGACGAAGAUGGCGAGGUGACACCGAGGCCUAGGACCUGUGAGACCGUGAUCAGCUCCCUGCGCCUCCCUUCUCGAGAUGGGACGUUCAGGUCCAAGGAUCAUUUCCCCCAAACAAAGUUGUCCGCCACGAACUUGGCACACAUGGCCCAGUCCCAUAAGAAAUCGAUAGCGCACAACACGAAUGGUACUUCAACAAAGAUAUCGGACUGGCAGGCCACGCAGGAUACCGAGACUGAGACUCCGGGGUGGAAAACGGCGCAGGAGGAGCUGACACCCGGCUGGGAAACCGCCCAGGAAACGUCCACAAUCGACUGGGAAAAGACGCCAUUUCUGGGAGACAUCACGGCUGACUACCGAGCCUCAACAGACACUGGCACCGGCAAAUUCGGGAUUGGGGACGUCAGAGACAGCACACUCAGCUGUGAGCCACCUCGGCGAUGGGGAAGUCUUCACCGUGCUAGUUGGGCGAGCUCGGUGCCACUCCUGGACCGCAUAGGAAGCUUCGCGCCGUCUGACGCGAGCGUCGCUCAGAUGGCGGAAAUGGGUAACAGCCGCGCGCCCCCGCUACCAACUCGCAUGAGACGCCCUGACUCCGGUACUCUCUCGCAAGCUGACGCGGAUCGGCUGUUCUCGAACCGCCUCAGCUUCAUCGCUUCUGACGAUCAGGUAAAGAUGGAUGUCGCGGAAGACAAUCAGUCUAUCGCAGGCAGCAUCGCCGCCUUCCCCAAACCCGGCUGUGGUCCUCGCUUGAGCGAUAUCAUGCCCGUCGCCGACGUCGUCCCCUCGCUUCCAGUCGAUGAGAGGUGGUCGGCAUCGACACUCAACUCGCCAGUGACGGUCAUCGAGGUCUCCCACCCUCCCUUCGCGACCAGCCAGCCGGCAGGGCAAGCUCCGACGAACGUUUCUCGCCCACAUACCGCGGGCAACACCAACCCCGUGUUAUUCAACACCGCCAGGGUCGACCCUGACAGCAGACGGGAAAUGACAACAGCUGACGACGGCGACGCGGACGAGACGGCAACCUUGCGCCCCAAGAGCCGGUCACAGGAGGGAGAAGACCCCCUAGGCCUGCUGACACUUUCGGCCCGCGAGCUCCGCAACCACUACGCCAACCUCCGCAGCGCCCAGGUGAACAACCUCGCGCACGAGAUGCUCCGCAAUCAAGAACGCCUCGAGCUGCGCUUGCAGCAGCAGGAGCGUAACCAGAUGCUCUUCAUCGAGCGCCUCGAGCGCUGCAUGAGCGACCUGCGCAGCCUCCCCGGCUCGCCCCUCUUCGGCCCCCCACGAGGAACAACCCUCGACUGGCCCCUGUGCGGCGGUGGUGUCGGGGAUGGUGGCGAUGGAGACGACUACGUCUAUGAAGAGCAGCACAUCAGCCGCGACGCGAGACAUGAGGUCCGCGUGCGGAGGACGAGCCGCAUACGCGGCAAUACCAGCGGCAGCCGGUCGCAGCAGCAGGCCGAGGAGUCCCACCGUUCCUCCCACGGUGGUCGGCGGGUCGGAGACUUUGACGACUUUGACGGGGACUUUGUAGGCCUCACUCACCCUAGACAGAGGCGUCCAUCGACGUUGCACGAUACUCCGCGCAGUAGCAACGGCACGGGCAGGGUGGUCCGAGGAAGUAGGCACCAGGCGGUCAUGAUGCAGCCGCUGAUCACGCGCGGGGGUCUGGACGCCAUGGAGCCGCUGAUCCGGGAGCUGCAACUCGCGUCGCGGGUGAGCCUGGAGGCGGCGCGGGCGGAUUCAAGAAUGGAGACGCCGGUGGCCGCGGUGGACGGGGGCGGGUAUCACUACAGUAUGAUUUAA